AUGGCGCACGAAGCGCCGAGUGUCCAUCGCCACCGGCGGCGACGCCACCGCAGCCGCAGCCACAGCCACAGCCACAGCGCCCGCGCGUCCUCCCACCGUCACGCACACCGCGAGCACUCUCGAUCGCAUCACGCGUCGUCACCGCACAGCUCGUCGAGCAGCGCGUCCCGCUCGAGAUCGCGUUCCCGCGAACGCCGUCGCACGUCCAAAUCCCGCGACAAGCGCCGCAAGAAACGGUCCAAAGCAGAGCGUCACCGCUCGCGCUCGUACUCGCGCUCUGCGUCGCGCAGUCGCUCUCCGGACCGGCCGAGCAGCAGUUCGAAGAAGAAAAAGAAGGAGAAACGGAAGGGCCACAAGAGUUCCAGGAAGAGCAGCAGAAGGAGCCGAAGUAGGAGCGAAGUGAGGGCACUGACAGUGGGGCGCAAACGGUCCAAGUCAACCGACGAAGAGGAGGAGCAGCAACAGCAGCAGUCGAAUGGACAGACUCGUGUCGAGGACGUGGAGUCUACAAGUGAAGCCACUGCAGCUGCUGCUGUGGCAGCUCCCGUUGCACCUGUUGAUAGCCAGACGGCUGUCGAUGAAAAGACUGUUGGCUCGAACUCGGAAGAGAAGACGGAUGGUGUAGUGUCUGUGACUGCUACACCGGUGAUGAGUGGAGGUGUCUCAUUGAAGAAGUUCAAGUUUGGCGGCAUCUCGUUCAAGCCUGGCAAUAUAACAACGCAAAAGAGCCGAAGCACUGUGCAGAAACCCGCGAGCUUUUUUCGUGCGUUGGACGAAGGCAGCGAUGAGGCCACAGGUGGAGACAAUGGUAUUGCAACCGAAGAGAUAAGUGAAGCGCUGUGCGAGAAAGAGCGUAAGCAAAAGAAAGACGAGCAAGCAAAGUUCUUGGCGGAAGAAGAUGCAGUGCCGAAGCAGCUGGCAUUGUGGACGCCAGAAGACGAAGAGAAAGGUGAGACGCUGGAAGAGCGAAAAAGACGCAAAGAGGCGGAAGCGCAGCAGCGUGAACGCGUCCAACAGGUUGUAAAGGAGAUUGACCCGUUGGAUGCCUAUAUGGCUGGCCUCGUCGAUGAGGCAGCUAUAAACCAGUCUCGCGCGAAUCCUGCUGCUAAUGUGAUUUCGCAGUCCGAGAUCGAGGCGAAGGGAAAAAUCAAUAUUUAUGGCACAUUUUUGCCCUUAGACGCACCCGAGAAGUCGAACGUAGCUGUGUCGUUGCCGUCGAAGGAUUCUCAAGCAGACAGUAGCACAGUAAUGGAAACGUCCGAAGAACGUGAAGCUCGAGAGGAGCGUGAACUGUCGGAGUUUAUGCGAGCGAUCAAAGAAAAACGUGAACACGAAGAAAAAAAGGCUGCUAAGUCAACAGCGAAGACGAGUGCACGGAACGGAGUGGGAGCAGAAUCUGAAGAAGGUCCGAUGCUGAAAAAAGAUGAUACGGGGCGGAUUUAUCAAGGCUUUGAAGAGGAUGUGUUUGGUGAAGACUCGAAGCUGGUAGAACAAAAGUCUGCGCUGGAAAUUUUGCAAGAACAGCAAAAAAAGAAAGAGAUAAAGCCCGUGGAUCACACGAAGAUAACUUACCUUCCGCUGCAAAAGAAGUUAUAUGUCGUUCCCAAGGAAAUCAAGGACUUGUCAGAGGAAGAGGUGGCGGUACAACGCAAGGAAUCUGAGAUAAAGAUUCGCGGCAAGAAUUGUCCACGUCCGUUGCAAAAGUGGAUUCAAUGUGGCUUUAGCGUCCGGAUGCUUCAGCUUAUCAAGAAGCAUGGUUACGAAGAUCCGUUUGCGAUUCAGAAGCAGGCUCUGCCUGCCAUCAUGUCAGGGCGUGAUGUGAUCGGCAUUGCCAAGACAGGUUCAGGAAAGACGUUGGCAUUUCUCCUUCCCAUGUUUCGCCAUAUUCUUGCUCAGCCUCCUUUGCAAGAAAGCGAAGGUCCGAUAGGAAUCGUCAUGGCGCCCGCUCGAGAGCUUGCGCAGCAGAUUUAUGUUGAAGCUCGGAAAUUCUCGAAGGGUCUCGGCUUGCGUGCUACUGCAGUGUACGGGGGAUCCUCUGUUUCUGAGCAGAUUGCUAACUUGAAGCGUGGGUCAGAUAUUGUGAUCUGUACACCAGGACGCAUGAUCGACAUUCUUUGCAUGAGCGCUGGCAAGAUGGUCUCGCUCCAACGUGUGACGUACGUGGUGCUGGACGAAGCUGACCGCAUGUUUGAUAUGGGUUUCGAGCCGCAGAUCACGAAAAUCAUGAUGAACAUCCGGCCAGACCGACAAACGUUGCUAUUCUCAGCAACGUUUCCCCGCUCUGUGGAAUCACUGGCGCGGAAAGUGUUGCGAAAGCCCGUGGAAAUUACAGUCGGUACACGCAGCACGGCUUCCGGCGACAUCACACAAUACGUCGAGGUUCGCGAAGAAGAUGACAAGUUUAUGCGACUGCUGCAGCUUCUCGGUUUGUGGUACGAGAAGGGCAACAUCCUUGUGUUUGUGAACAAGCAGCAGGCGUGCGACCAGAUUUUCCAAGAUCUGAUGAAAGCGGGAUACCCGGCACUCUCGUUGCAUGGUGGAAAAGAUCAAGUAGAUCGGGACUACACUAUCGAUGAUUUCAAACGAAAGGUGCGGACCGUGAUGGUGGCGACAUCUGUCGCUGGUAGAGGUCUUGACGUGAAAGAUCUGGUUCUUGUCAUCAAUUACCACUGUCCCAAUCACAUGGAAGACUAUGUUCAUCGUGUGGGACGGACUGGGCGAGCGGGCCGCAAGGGCACAGCCUACACGUUUAUUUCCCCGGACGAGGAAGAGUAUUCAGUCGAUCUUGUGAGAGCCUUGGAAAAUGCCAAGCAGAUCAUUCCGCCGGAACUGUCAGCACUUGCAGAAGAAUUCAAAGCAAAGGUAGCACGUGGAGAAGCGAGAUACCACGGCAGUGGCUUCAAAGGCAAAGGCUUCACGUUUGACGAAACUGAAAGAAACGAGACCCAGCGCACAGCGGACCUUCAGAGACGUCAGUAUGAACUGGACCAGGGUAUUCUGAUUGAGGAAUCCGGUGCCGCUGACGAUGACGAUGCGGAUGAGUCGAGCAAGGACCAAACUGGCAUUGCGGCUGACAACAAGCAAUCUGCUCAUGCCGGUCUGAAGUCGAUACCUGUCGAUAGCAAAGCGAUGUCAGCUUUCAUCAAGGCGCAGAAGAUCAUCCAGAAUCUGUAUUUGCAGUACAAGGGAAAUGGCGAUGGCAGUGCUGGAGAGAACCACUUUGUCGAAGAGCUAGAGAUUAACGACUACCCCCAGCAGGCACGCUGGAGAGUCACCCAGAAGGAGGCCAGUGACUCGGUUGCAGAGCUCACUGGAGCAGCUGUCAUCACAAGGGGAUCGUACAUACCAGCUGGCCGCAAGCCCAACCCGUCCGAACGAAAAUUAUACUUGGCGAUUGAGGGAUCCACACAAUCUUCUGUGAUUGAGGCGAGACGAGAACUGCAACGCAUCUUGGAUGAAACCACGAUGCAAGUCGGUCUAAGCGGCGACAAAUAUGGAAAGUAUAGUCUGUAA